AUGGCAUACAACAGACCCUUCGACCCUGAUGCCUUGCCCAGGUUUGCCGAGCCCGAACGAAAGUCUGGAACCACGCCGCCGCAAACAUAUCAGCAAAACCGCUACGAAAAGAAACCUCCUCCCGCAACCCCGAGAGACAAUUACCCUCCACCACAUCCCCAGCCAACUCAUGGUCAAACCUUCCACAGCAGUAGUAGCCAUGGACCUGGGCCGGCCGCACCUCGACCUGCCUCCCAGCCUCAAAGUCGCCCACCACAUCAACAGAAUUACUCAGCGGCCCCGCCGACUCCAGAUCCUGCAUCAGGCUCUGACUCGACACUGCUUCCGCUCUUCCGAGCUGUAGACAAAGACGGGACCGGCCAGCUCUCUGAAAAGGAGCUCUCGGCAGCUCUCGUGAACGGUGACUGGACAGCAUUCGACAUACAAACUGUCCGAAUGAUGAUCCGCAUGUUUGACUCUGAUCGCAGUGGCACCAUCAACUUUGAAGAGUUCUGUGGACUAUGGUCCUUCCUUGCCUCCUGGCGCACUCUGUUUGACCGAUUCGAUGUCGACCGCAGCGGAAACAUAUCUCUCCAGGAGUUCACCGAUGCUCUCAUCGCAUUCCGCUACCGCCUCAGCCCCCAGUUUGUCGAAUUACUCUUCCGCACCUAUGAUAAGCGCAACGAGGGUGUCAUGAGUUUCGAUCUAUUUGUGCAGAGCUGCAUCUCGCUAAAGCGCAUGACGGACGUUUUCAAAAAGUACGAUGACGAUCGAGAUGGGUUCAUCACGCUGAGCUUUGAAGACUUUCUGAGCGAAAUCUUGAGGCAGCUGAAGUAG